AAAAAAAGUCUCUUUCUAUCUUUCACACACUUACACUAAUGGCGGAUAAUACAACGACAACAUUAUCGUCCAACUACUUUCUUAGAUAUUCUUUCCCACCUAUUUAAUUUCCUCCAUUUCUUCAAUAUCUUCCUCCUUUCUCUCUCUUUUCCCCUUUUUGUUUGUGUAUCUUGGUCCUAAUUUGUAAGAAUAAACAGAUAUGGCUGUUGCUAUGGUUUCCGGGAGUUUAGCUGCUACUGUUCAUGCUGUUUGUACUACUAAUGAACUCCCUUUUUCUGCUAAACCCGUAUUUGCUUUCUCCCCCUCUAAGAUCUGCAUUUCCCCACGUCUGAGGUUUAUCAGAUUAUAUUCUUCAAAGUUACCAAUUACUUGUACACAAGCAUCAUUGUCUGCAGCUGUAGAGGAUGGAAUUAACCCUGAAACAGAAGAUAUUCCUACUCCUAAAGUGAUCAUUGAUCUAGACUCUGAUCCGGAAGCGACCGUUGUGGAGAUAACCUUCGGUCAUCGUCUCGGUGCCCUUCUUGAUACUAUGAAUGCACUGAAAAACCUUGGGCUCAAUGUUGUGAAGGCAAAUGUCUUUCUGGAUUCAUCUGGGAAGCACAACACCUUUGCCAUCACUAAAGCUGAUACUGGAAGAAAAGUUGACGAUCCCGAAUUGCUGGAGUCGAUUCGUUUGACUAUCAUUAACAAUCUGCUUAAAUACCAUCCAGAAUCAAGUGCUCAAUUAGCAAUGGGAGCAGCUUUUGGAAUUACACCUCCAAAACAAGAGGUUGAUGUUGAUAUAGCAACCCACAUAAGUAUUGUUGACGAUGGACCUAAUCGCAGCUUGCUUUAUGUUGAAACUGCGGAUCGUCCUGGAUUGUUGGUGGAUCUUGUGAAAAUAAUUAGUGACAUUAACAUUUUUGUUGAAUCUGGAGAAUUCGACACCGAGGGCUUACUCGCAAAGGCUAAAUUUCAUGUUAGUUAUCGAGGCAAAGCCCUAAUGAAGCCUCUCCCGCAGGUGGUCGGAAAUAGUCUGCGAUAUUUCUUGAGACGGCCAUCGACAGAGGAAGCUAGUUUCUAACCGAAAAACAACAAGAACUUAUAGGACAUAUAUAUGAAGCAUUAUGUCAUCGUGGUUCGACGAUUAUAACUACUAUGAUGUGUUGCAAUUGUUAGUCAGUAUACCAUCAAGUAAGAUGUAGGAAAUUUAAACAAACACAUUUUUUCUUAUACAGUUGAUUUAUCAGCUUCUGUAAGUGAUUUAUGUGAACACUUCUAAAUCUCUUGCAAAUUAUUUAGUCUUUGCAAA